AUGGAUGUUCGGAGCAGUGCGAUAUUCAUUGCCCAAAACGCUCAAUAUGUUUCGGUAGAUCCCGCUGCGUGCAGAGAAGUGGCAGCUGGUAUCUACGAUCAGAUCCAGCGGCAGAAAUACUCCACGCAGACGUGGGCAACUCACGAGCUGAAUCAACGUUGUAAGCUACUCGACACCGAGGGCCAGGUGGACUGGGUAUUCACCGUUGAUACCCUUAACUUCAGCUUUUGGAGCGAUCGAGAAACGUCCGAAAGAUACACUGUCGAAUAUAAUGGGAAAAAGUACACGGGGUAUUGGUCACUUUGUGCAGCUAUCAACAGGGCUUUGGACGAGGGUAUUCCUGUAACGACGCCGGCGUUCUGGAGGUCUGACGAGUUCAAUUUGGAAGCGUGUGCCCACAUUUUCAGAUCCUGUACCGCAGAACAAAUUCCAUUGCUGGACCAGCGUCUGGCAGUGUUGAAAGAGGCCGGGGCUGCUUUAGCCAACACAGCAUUCUCUGAUGUGCUUCGGAGUUGCAACUGUUCUGCGUCAAGGCUGCUAGACUGGGUGACCACUAACUUGCAAAGCUACAAUGACCGGUUUGUCUAUCGCAAUAUGAAAGUGAGCAUCCUCAAGCGAGCCCAGAUCCUUGUCGGAGAACUUUGGGCCUGCUUCAAUGGAGAAGGACUCGGUCGCUUUGACGAUAUUGACAACAUUACAAUGUUUGCCGAUUAUCGCGUACCCCGGAUUCUUUACCGGCUCAACUGUCUGCGGUACAGCGAUCAGCUGGAGGCGGUGCUGCGAGCAGGCACCCUAAUGGAAUCUGGCAGCGACGCUGAAAUUGAGCUCCGGGGCACGUCAAUCGAAGCAGUUGAGCAGAUUGUCCACCAUAUUAAAACCGAGCAUCCUGAAACAGCAGUCAAUGCCAUCUUGGUUGACUUUUAUCUCUGGGACGCAGCAAAAGCGCAGGAACAGUCUGCUACUAUCCCAUGUCAUAGAGUUCGUAGUGUGUUUUAUUAA